GAGUGAGUAAAUGAGUGUAUGUGUGUGUGCUGUUUGAGUUUAUGUGUUGAGGAUAUAUAGUAGUUUGAUUCAUUCGAGAGCAAGUCACAUCUGAUAGAGGAGCCCUACUUGCAUACUGCACUAAAACACAUUGAGUUCAUUCAAACUUUACUGAGAGACAAGAUGUUUCAGAUUAAAAAGAUUUGCUGUAUAGGAGCCGGGUAUGUUGGUGGUCCAACAUGUAGUGUAAUUGCCAGCAUGUGUCCCGAGAUCACAGUAACAGUGGUGGAUGUUAAUGCGUCCCGGAUCAAUGCCUGGAACUCUGAUACGCUGCCCAUCUAUGAGCCAGGUUUGAAUGAGGUGGUGAUGUCAUGUCGUGGAAAAAACCUUUUCUUCUCUACGGACAUUGACUCUGCCCUUAAAGAGGCAGAUCUGAUCUUCAUUUCUGUAAACACUCCCACUAAGACAUACGGUAUGGGCAAGGGUCGCGCAGCUGACCUGAAGUUUAUUGAGGCGUGUGCACGGCGAAUCGUGGAGGUGUCGGACGGGUAUAAAAUCGUUACGGAAAAGAGCACGGUGCCGGUUCGUGCAGCUGAGAGCAUCCGCAGGAUAUUUGAUGCAAACACCAAACCCAGUCUCAACCUACAGGUUCUCUCUAACCCAGAGUUCCUUGCGGAGGGUACAGCGGUGAAGGACCUGAAGGAGCCAGAUCGUGUUCUGAUAGGUGGAGAUGAGACUCCAGAGGGUCAAAGGGCCAUCAGUGCUCUUUGUGCUGUAUAUGAGCACUGGGUCCCCAAGUCACGCAUCAUCACUACCAACACCUGGUCCUCAGAGCUUUCCAAACUGGCGGCGAAUGCGUUCUUAGCCCAGCGAAUCAGUAGCAUCAACUCCAUCUCUGCUCUGUGUGAAUCUACGGGUGCUGAUGUUGAGGAGGUGGCCAGAGCCAUCGGCAUGGAUCAAAGAAUCGGGAGCAAAUUCCUUAAAGCCAGCGUAGGUUUUGGAGGAAGUUGUUUUCAGAAGGAUGUGCUGAAUUUGGUGUAUCUAUGCGAGGCGCUAAAUCUUCCAGAAGUUGCUUCGUAUUGGCAACAGGUGAUUGACAUGAACGAAUAUCAGAGAAAGAGAUUUGCCUGUCGAAUCAUUGACUGCCUGUUUAACACCGUUACUGGGAAGAAAAUCGCCUUGUUAGGUUUCUCCUUUAAAAAGGACACCGGGGACACAAGAGAGUCGUCCAGCAUCUACAUCUCUAAAUAUCUGAUGGACGAAGGAGCCAAGCUGCAUAUUUAUGAUCCGAAAGUGCUGAAGGAGCAGAUAAUCCAGGAUCUGUCCCAACCCAGCAUCUCUGGAGACAACCCAGAGAGAGUGUCUGAUCUGGUAACUGUUACAAAAGACCCAUAUGAAGCAUGCGAAAGCGCACAUGCACUGGUCAUCUGCACGGAGUGGGACAUGUUUAAGGAUCUGGACUACGAGAAAAUAUAUCACAAGAUGCUGAAACCAGCAUUCAUCUUUGAUGGCAGACGAGUCCUGGAUCACCUGCAUGGCCAACUCCAGAACUUCGGCUUUCAGAUCGAGACCAUUGGAAAGAAGGUGACCACCCGGAUUCCUUUUACGCCCUCUGGAGUGCCACGACUUGAACCACCCACCAAAAAAGCCAAAGCUUGAGACACACAUCACACACGCACACCUGCAUGCGGAUUGUACACUGAUUAAAGUCCUUUGCUAAGAAAACCAAAGUGUGACCACAGAGACGUUUCUGUCUUGAGUCAUGCGUGUGCUUUGUGUGCGUGUUUAAUAAUCUGUAUAGUCUCAUAUUUUAUGAGACUUUCUUAUCACUCGUGGCUGUUCGCUGUAUAUGCAGACAGUUAUGCAAUGUUUUAAACGUGAUCAUUUACAUCUUAUUUUUAAUACCAUAAUUCUAAAUAUAUAUAUUUUUUAGAUAUAUAAUAACACACACAGAACUGGUGAUCUCUGAUCUGUAUUAUGUCCCACUAGUGUUCAGUAGUGCAUUGUUUACAAUCUGAAAAAUUUCAGUGUUUUUAAUGACAAUCACCUUUUUUGAGAGAGAUUGACAGAAAGAAGGAGAACUUUUCUUAUUGGGACCAAGUGGGACAAUUUAAAUGGCUGUAAACAUUUGCCUUGAGUGAGGCAUUGGAUUGUAUUAGAGAAGGGCAAGUAGCUUGAGUCAUUCAUCUUUUCAAUAUGUUGUUCGAACUUAUGUAUGGUUUGUGUUAAUGUAGAAUCUCAGUUGUAGCUUUUGUAAAAUCAUGUACUGUACAAGUUUAUAAUGGUUAUGUAGAAUAAUAGCUAAAAACACAUUUCUUAAAUAAAUAUGGACCAAUGAAAAGAA